GCAGCGCAGAGCCGGAGCGUCCGUGGGGGCCGGGAGGCGCCGCUCAGAUUCUAAAUGGCUUCAAAGAAGUUGGGAUCAGACUUUCAUGGGCCCUUCAGUUACCUGGAUGAUGUCCCGUUUAAGAUAGGAGACAAAUUCAAAACACCAGCCAAGGUUGGUUUACCCAUUGGCUUCUGCUUGCCUGAUUCUCCACAGCUUGUCAGAGAAGCUCAGUAUGACUUCUCCCUGGAAAAGAAAACCAUGGAGUGGGCCGAAGAAAUUAAAAAAAUCCAAGCAGCUCAGAGAGAAGCUGAACAGAAGGCUGAGGUAGAAAUAGCUCAUUCAAAGGCCGCUUCAGAGGACAACAGCAAAAUGGGCUUCUCUGAGGGACCUUGCCCGGGGGUGCUGCCCCCUCCCUUUAACCCCAUUCUUGCUAGUCUGCAGCACAAUAACAUUCUCACCCCCACCCCUGCCAACAGCAGUGCCAUAAAGCAGAAGGCCCUUAGUCCACCCUACCCAAAGGCAGAUUUCAACCCAGCAGACUUCGAAUGUGAAGAAGACCCGUUUGAUAAACUGGAAUUAAAAACCAUUGAUGACAAAGAGGAGCUGAAAAAUAUCCUUGAAAUCCACGUCGGUACUACUGGGCCAAUCGUGGCCCAGCUCUUGGACAGUGGCCUCCCCAAAGUAGGGCCCGAAUCUGUAUUACAAGAUCCAGAAGUUCUGGCAUCCAUAGAAAGGGCCACCUUGGACUUCAAACCCCUUCACAAACCGAACGGCUUUAUUACUUUACCACAGUUAGGAAACUGUGAAAAGAUGUCCUUGUCUUCCAAAGUGUCCCUCUCCCCUAUCACGUCAGUGAGCAAUAUCAAAUCUCUCUCCUUUCCCAAACUCGACUCUGAUGAGAGCGAUCAAAAACCCUCGAAGCUGACGAGCACUUUCCACAGCACUACCUGUCUCCGAAAUGGCACUUUCCUUGGUUCUUUACAGAGCUGUGCUCAGAGCAGAGCUAGCGAACUGAACGGACAUCACGUGGUGGGUCUUUCUGCUUUAAAUGUGGACAGUGGCAUGGAGACGUCGACAAUAUCCUCUUCAUCCAGGCUGCCUUCCCUCUCUGCGCCAACAGUUUGUACAGAAGAACAGACGUCUCAGCCCACAGCAACCAUGGUACACCCGGACUACAAGGAGACGGAGCUCCCUGUGGUAACACACCAAAACUUCCCCAUGUCUAAAGUGCCCAGUAACAGCAGCUGCACCAAAUGGUCCAGUGGCUCUGCUUCCUCGGAGCUCCCGCAGGCCCUGUCUCCCAGUGAAAGGCAAUGCGUAGAAAUGGUUGUCAACAUGGGAUACUCUUACGAGGAUGUCAUGAAAGCCAUGAAGAAGAAAGGACGGAGCAUAGACCAGGUCCUGGAUUACCUGUUUGCACAUGGGCAGCUGUGUGAGAAGGGCUUUGAUCCCCAGCUGGUCGAAGCAGCUCUGGAAAUGCACCAGUGUUCAGAGGAAAAGACAACAGAACUUCUCCAGCUAAUGAGUAAAUUUAAAGAAAUGGGCUUUGAAGUGAAAGACAUUAAGGAGGUCUUAUUAUUACAUAACAAUGACCAGGACAAUGCUUUGGAAGAUCUAAUGGCCCGUGCAGGAGCCAGCUGAAAACAUAUCCCUGGCUUCCAGGAGCAUAACGGAGCAUGCCUCCUGGGGGAGGAGGCCAGCCCCUGUCACCAGACCCCUGCCACCUCAUCCAGAGAGUGACUUGCUGUUUGGGAGGAAGCCCUGCCUGCCAUGUCCAUUGGAGAGUACGGCCGAGCGAGCCCAGCACACAUCGCUCCAGAGCUCUCUCCCCACUGCUGGGAGCCAACUGUCUUUAAAUUUUUAAGUGCCCUUUCCUAAGUUUCCUUUUCCAGCUUGGCCACGGAGAGCUUAGACUGCCCAACCUCUACUGGAACUGUACAUAGUCAGACAAAGCUAGGAUUUUUUUUUUUCCUUUUGUUGCACUGGAUUUGGACAGGAAUUCAAAGUUGGUUCUGAAACUAGGAUGCUUUGGUUCUUUGAAGCUGCUUUCACGGUGUCUGCUUAUACUGGAGCACUGACUGUACCGCAGUCUGACUGGAGUCUGACCUCGAGUGCAAUGGGUCUUUCCCUUGGCUAUUUUGGGUUGAAAGUUAGUCUGCAACUUAGUGAAACACUGGUUCCCGAACUGUCACUAUGCAUCAAAAAGAGAAGCUGUUCCUCCUCCUCUUGGGUUUUUGGGGUUGUUUUUGGCCCUUGCAGCAACCAGUUCUGCCAAGCAUAAGUCUCCAAUGCUUGAGUGGUGUGUGAUUUCUGUCCGAACAGGUAAGCUGUGAACUGCACCUGGAUCUGGACCAGCAGUUGGUUCUUGAACUGAUGGGGUGAGAGCUGGGGCUCUGUUCUCAAUCCCCCAGGUUUGUAGGGUAUUUAAACAAAUGCCCUUCUAGGAAAUCAACUUUUUAAAAAUAAUAUUCAGUGUGAAGCAGGAGGUUUCUUUCAAGCACUUUCUUUUAAAAACAAUAUACUCACUGCGUUAGUUCCAUUCUCUUUCACACUGCUGUAGAAUGACAUACUCUAACAUCUAGUAAUAGAAAUCAGUUUGGGGUUUGUUUUUGAUAGUACAAAGUGUAUUAUGUUGUACAUUGUUAAAAAUCUAAAUACAUAAAAUAUAAACAGUCUUGAUGAAUCCUUUAAAGUAAUUUGCUAAAUAUUUUGAUUCUGCAGAACUACUAAUAAAACCCUAAAACGGAA